UGAUGAUGACAAAAUCAAAAUAUGAUAGGAAGAGGAUGACCCCCCAAAUAGGAGGGUAUGAUCUCACCAUUGAUGAAAUCUGAAGCCACCAGUCUACAUGACAAUAAUUUCUUCUUCUCUUUCACCUUCGAGUUCUCGCUGUCGUCGAGAUGCUUGUGCCAGUGAGCUGCUGGUGUACCAGCAACCACUAUGUCUCGGGCACUAAAAACAGAUGGCGUGGAGUUGAAGAGACUCGUUCAGUACUUUUAUGGUUUACUAUGGGACGUCCUCAAGUAGAUAGUUCGGCUGCUAGAUAUAGUGGAAUUUUGUCUCGGUCCAUGUUUGUGUGGAUGUGCUGAAGAGAGGUCCAGGACUAAACUCAAGACCAGCCGUAUUUCUGAAACACACUGCCUCUCUUAUGUCGGUCGGUCGUCUUAACAACCAAUAUUAUCCCCAUGUCCUCUGAACGGCCGUCAUCAGUCAACAUGCUCGAAGCAGAAAGCAGCCUCUUCCCACCCACCACGGCGCUCUUGAUUCACUCCGAAUCAUGCUGAUUCCCAUUGGUUGCCCCACUUCUUCCGUGCGGCUCUGUAACACAGGGCUGAGAAGUCCCAGCUGAAAAUGCCCAGCAACGCAUAGGCCAUAGCGCUUAGACCUGCCCGGUACUGGGCGUCAGUUCAACACCAUGGUCUGUAACAGAGCAGAGUCGGGUCAAGUUCCACCUUUACACUACGCUACACCACAUCCGCAACUUGUCAAGCGGGCUGAAAGUCGAAGCAUUCGACAACCUUCGAUUAUUCACUGCUUUUCGAUUUUUUUUGCUAGCAUCUUCAGGUGCCUCUCUCCCAAGCUUGCAAACCACGUAAGGGUAUUUGCUGUAACUUGGUGAGCGGGGACGCCAUGAGCUCCCCACCAGUUGCCAUCUACCAUCAUCUUCCCGCUGUCCCUUCCCGGGCCUAAGCCGGUUGCGCACGUCGAAUCGAAGGCUCGGUCCCAAAGAUUCGACCCGAAAGAGAGAUGGAUUACAGCACUUCAUCAUCGGCCCUGUGGGCUGGCCAACCUCCGUCUCCUGAGAAGUCGAGCCAAAUCCUCAUCCGCGAUUACCCCCACCGAGCCAUUGCGAUAGCCUCCAAUACGCACGCCCUCAUCCUACGACAUAGCACAGCAGCAGCUGAUGGGUUCGGUCUAAUUUCUGCUCGCACACGCACAAACACCUUCGACAGCCUCUCGACCAAAUGUAUGGUCGAAUUCUCACCAAAGUCGCAUAAUUUGCUGGACGACUAUCGACCUCUCACACCGAGACCAAUAUACGGAACUUUGGGGUUGAUAUCUAUCGGGCGCGAUGUAUUCCUGUGUGUUAUUACACAGGCAUCGAGAGUCGCGACAAUACGGCCGGGGGAAACUGUGGAGAGGAUAGAGGCUGUUCAGUUCUUUUGCUUAAACUCGGCUGAAUACGACGACAUUGUUGCUCUCGAUCCCUACAAUGAUGCUGAUUCCGAUGCAGCGUCUGUGUAUGGUCAGGGCUUGGGAAGAAAUCAAAUCGUGGAGCACCCUUGCCAGGAGUUGCAAAAGCUACUCAGCAAUGGUACAUUCUACUACAGCACCGAUUUUGAUGUCACAAAUCGGAUGCAAGACAGACCGGCAGAUGCUGAAGCAUUCAACAUUGACAAUUUUGACGAGUCGUUUUUGUGGAAUUCGUUCAUGAUCCGCCCACUUGUCGAGUUCCGUUCCCGUUUGCAAGAGCAGGCAAGAGAGGACCUCGAUGCCUCGAGGAUCCUAACUUCGGCUAUUCGAGGUUUCUGCAGAAGCUGGGCCAUCCCACAAAGUUCUGCCCCCCUGAGAGCCGGAAAGACAGGGUUACCCUCGUAUUUGACCGUCACCUCCCGUCUUUCGUGUAAGAGGGCCGGGACACGCUUCAACGCGCGUGGUAUCGACGACGACGGCAACGUGGCCAAUUUUGUCGAGACCGAGACGACAUACUGGAGCCCACGAGGUGUUGUUUUCUCAUACGUUCAGGUCCGCGGUUCUGUGCCCGUGUUUUGGGAACAGGCUGCUGUGCUCCUUCCAAAUCAACAAAAGAUCACCAUCACUCGGUCCGCAGAUGGAACUCAACCCGCUUUUGACAAGCAUUUUGCUGAUCUGGAGAAGGCGUAUGGGGCCGUUCAUGUUAUCAAUCUUCUGGCAACCAACAAGCCGGGCGAAUUCGAACUCACAAACUUAUAUCGAGUUGGCAUUCAUAACUGUCCUCUCAGCCGACCUGAAGGUGUGCAGUCGAGGGAUCAUGCGUUGCUGAGGGACACAGAGUAUGAUUUCCAUGCUGAGACAAAGGGCCCCCAAGGUUAUAUGGCGGCUAACGAGAUUCGUCGGUACAUCGAAGGCUCAGCCGAUGGGUUUGCCUAUUACCUUGCCCAGGAAUCAGACGAACCCGGGGACAACAAUGGCUCAAAAAAGGCCGAAAAGUCACGCCGUUAUGUUGUGGUGCUGCAGCAAGAGGGUGUCUUCCGCACGAACUGUCUAGAUUGCCUGGACAGGACCAACCUCAUUCAAACUAUCGUUUCCCAGAUGGCGGUUGAAUCUUUCCUUGGUCAUAGAGGGGAAUAUGCAACAUCAGACUUUUGGUCUAGGCAUUCUAAUCUCUGGGCAGACAACGGCGAUUCUCUUUCGAAAAUCUAUGCGGGGACCGGAGCCCUCAAGUCGUCUUUUACUCGUCACGGCAAGAUGUCUCUUGCAGGUGCCAUCGCUGAUGUUCGGAAGUCAGCAACCAGACUGUACCACAACAAUUUCACUGAUAAGGCGCGGCAAACCACGAUCGAUACACUUCUUGGUAGACUUGUUGGACAGGCGCCAGUUGUUUUAUACGAUCCCAUUAGUGAUUACGUGGCCAGCGAACUGCAGCGCCGGAGUGGCGAAUUUUCUACAAACGAGACGAUAAACAUCUUGGUUGGGACCUUCAACCUGAACGGACGCACGGACGGUAUCGAUGAGGACUUGUCAGUGUGGCUUUGUCCCCCUGAGGCUCGGUCCAAACAGCCAGAAAUCAUUGCCAUUGGCUUCCAGGAGAUUGUUGAGCUCAACCCGCAGCAGAUCAUGAACAGCGACCCAACGAGAAAACAAAUGUGGGAGCAGGCUAUUAAGAGAACCCUGGACCACAACUACAGCCGAGAAGAGAACGAAAAGUAUGUGUUACUGCGGAGUGGACAGCUUGUGGGGGCUGCGCUGUUCAUCUUUGUGAAAGCCUCCGUUCUCCAUCACAUCAAGAACGUUGAAGGAAGCGUCAAGAAGACAGGAAUGUCGGGCAUGGCAGGCAACAAGGGAGCUGUUGCUAUUCGGCUGGAUUUCGCCAAUACUCCAAUCUGCUUCGUCACGGCUCACCUCGCAGCUGGAUUUGCCAACUACGAUGAGCGGAAUAGAGACUAUGCUACCAUUGACCAAGGUCUCCGGUUCCAGAGAAACAGGGGGAUUGCGGAUCACGAAUCUGUCAUAUGGUUUGGUGACUUCAACUACCGUAUUGGCCUAGGCCUUGAACCGGCAAAGGAGUUGGUCAGGCAAAGGGAUUUAGAGAGGUUGUUCGAAAACGACCAGCUAAAUCUGCAAAUGGUGGCCGGGCUCGCUUUCCAGUACUACUCCGAGGCACGAAUCAUGUUUAUGCCAACGUACAAGUAUGAUGUUGGUACUGAUGACUUUGACAGCUCGGAGAAAGCACGCAUACCGGCAUGGACAGACCGCAUUUUGCGCAAGGGGACAAAUCUCCGGCAGCUGGCCUACAACUCGGCUCCCCUGCGCUUCUCUGAUCACCGGCCCGUGUAUGCCAUCUUCGAAUGCAAGGUCGAUAUCGUCAAUGAAAGGUUGCGAGAAAAGAUCAGUCGCCAGAUCUACGAGCGACGGAGAGCCGAAGUAGGCGGAGAAACAGCAAACCUUGCCACAGAGGAGUCGGAUGAAGAAGACUUGAUCGGGUAUGAGGCUAUCGAACCCGGGCUUCCGCCAUCAAGUUCAGACCGCCAGAAAUGGUGGCUUGAAAAUGGAAAGAUGGCACGCUCACAGAUCAGCCCACCCAAACCCGAAAGCCCAGCAUAUAUCACGAUUCUUAACCCGAAGCGUCCUCCUAACCCGUAUGCGCCAACGGAUGAGCCGGAUUGGGUUAAUGUCCCAAGAUCUGAAUCUCGUUUAUCAUCCUUCUCAAGCAUGUCAACUUCGCCAUUUGAGCAUGUUAAUGUCUCUGCUCUUCUCUCAUCUUCGGCAUCAAGUACGACACCAAGAAAGCUGCCCCCUCCUUUCGAUCCAUCCACUCUGCCCGCCAAAGUUGGAAGAAAGCCGAUCAGUGAGGAUUCGAGGCCUACCCAAUCAGAUGCGGCCCCUCCUCCACCUCCGCCUCGCAGGCAAACUGGUUUGAGUACUGGAUCAACCGUCAAUAACCCAACCGCCGCACUGCACCAAAAGCGUGUACCAGUGGGGAAUGGACUGCCGGUUCUGCCUCUUACUUCGAAGCCGACGGAGCCGCAGCAACAACAGCAGCCCACGCAGCAGUCUGCUCAACAAACUAUUAAACACAAGCCAGCACCUCCUGUAGCGAAGAAACCAGCUCAUCUUGUGGCCUCGUCGUCUCCCCCAAACGCAGAUGACCAUUCCAGCUCGAUGUCGGACUUGAAGGCUUUGCAAGAUAGCUUAGAGACUCCUCUGCCAGGCUUUCCUCCUCGCCGGUCAACCUCGACGGUUUCCGGGUCUCUCUCGAACGGUCCACCCUCUAGCAACGUGAGUUUGAGAGAUGAGUUCCCACCGCCACCACAACUACCCCGACGAGCAAACACUAGUGCCAGCAUCACCUCUUCAGGACGCUCAACACCCGCUGGAGGCAUACCGCUCCCGGGUUUGGCAGGCCAGCCAGGUGGGACUGAGCGGAGACCGCAGCUACCUAUUCGCAAACCGCUUGGUACGGCAGCGCAACCACAGACUGUGAAGCAGACCCCCCCUCCGCCACCGGCACCUAGGAAGUCGGCGAUGACAUCGACGGUCGACCUGUUAGGGGAUGAUACUGGUGUUGAAGUUGGCGGCUGGGAGGCUUUGAAGCCUUCAACUUGAACGAGCCCCUUGGCGUAAUGGACUUGGUAGAAAGGGCGAAAUGAAUUUGAGUUUCAUAGGCGUUCUGGAAAAGGUGGUUUGAUGUCAAGGGUGGGAAGUGAUAUCAUACAGGCUUUUGAAGUUGAUACAGUAUACAGGAAUUACAGAAUACAGAGAGGAUGGGGUUGUCAUAAUUUUGUUUCUACUGUUUUCAUGCCGUUGGAGAGUUCUUCUGGAGGUGCCAUUCUAAUAGUUAUGGCAGCUCGGGAGCAAUGUUUGUUGUAGCGCAGUUGAGGGAAGUUGGAGUAUUUUAUGGUUGUGGUAACCUUCGGUGUGGCUGAACGAAGGCGUAACUGAAACAUGGUCGUCUGAGUGUGCUCAAAGAACACGAGCAGAUGGCGUACACGCUUAUCUCUCAACAACUGCUGACUCCGAUGGUGUGAAUCACCACCGGUCUGGCCAGCAGGGAAAAUAAAUAUCUUGAAGUAGUUUACAAAAGGAUAGACUAGUAGACCGAAAAGUUUGUUUGGGGAAGGUCUCAUUUUUGGGAUUCAAGGCCAAG